UGGAAUAUAGUAGCCUUUUUAACCAAUCCAUUACCAUCAAACUAAAUUAGUUCUUUAAUUAAGAAAACUAAGCAAGAAAGGGACUUUCACUUGAAAUUCCAUUCAACAUCACUGUCUCAACUCAAACCCAAAUCUGUGACUAACCCUCUUCCUUUUUUCUCCAUUCUCUCUUUAUGAUGCAGAGAUGGAAAAGAAAACCAGCAAAAUUUCCUCUAAUUGCAUUAAUCUUCUCUGUUUGUAUAGUAAUUUCAAUCCUGUACAAUGAACGUAAGAUUCACACUGUUUAUGAAAAUAAACUACAAAAAACAGCUUCAACUGAAGAAGUAAUAGAAGAAGAAGGAGUAGGAGUAGUAGAAGAAGAAGUUCCCAUUACUCAAAUAUCAUCAGAAGCUGACCAACAAUCAUUAAACCCUCCAAAUAUCUCAAUCCACAGUAACCCAAAGCCAGUUCCUGCUGAUUUGGAUAGAUUCACAACAUGUACAUCUACUAGAAGUUAUAAUGGGGGCAGAAAAACAAGGAAAGUUAUUGGUUUAGCAAACCCCUUAGCUAAAAUUGGAGGAGGGAGUAGUUCGGAUAGCUGUGAUUUGUUUUCUGGGAAAUGGGUUUUUGAUAAUACUUCAUACCCACUAUACAAGGAAUCCAAGUGCCCUUAUAUGUCUGAUCAGUUGGCUUGUCAAAGACAUGGUAGAUCAGAUUUGAUGUACCAGAAUUGGAGAUGGCAACCUCAUAACUGCAACUUAAAAAGGUUGAAUGCAACUGAGAUAUGGGAAAAGUUGAGAAAUAAGAGGUUGAUGUUUGUUGGGGACUCACUGAAUAGAGGACAAUGGAUAUCAAUGCUGUGCUUGUUAGAAUCGGUGAUUCCCAAUGAUAAAAGAACUAUAACACCUCAAGCCCCACUCACCGUAUUCAGGGCAGUGGAAUACAAUGCGACGGUCGAGUUCCACUGGGCACCGCUCCUAGUUGAAUCCAAUGCAGGUGAUCCGGUGAACCACAAAGCAGAUAAUAGGAUAAUUCGUCCGGAUACUAUUCUCAAACAUGCAGCUGAAUGGGAUAAGGCUGAUAUACUGAUCUUUAAUACAUACUUGUGGUGGAGACAAGGUCCCGUUAAAAUGUUAUGGAGUACCGAAGAAAAUGGGGUUUGUGAGGAAUUAGAUGGAAUGGGAGCAAUGCAGCUGGCAAUGGAGGCAUGGGCAGAAUGGGUGGCUACGAAGGUGGAUCCCAUCAUGAAGCGGGUCUUCUUUGUCACUAUGUCCCCUACCCAUAUGUGGAGCCGAGAGUGGGAACCAGGGACAGAAGGCAAUUGUUACCAGCAGAGGACACCCAUAACCACGGAAGCUUACUGGGGAAGUGGUUCAGAUUUACCCACAAUGCGGAUGGUGGACACAGUUCUAUCCAGGCUGGGCUCAAAAGUUUCUGUUCUCAACAUCACUCAGCUCUCUGAUUAUCGCAAAGAUGGACACCCUUCAAUCUUCAGAAAGUUCUGGGAAGCUCUGAGCCCCGAGCAGUUAUCAAACCCUCCUUCCUACUCUGACUGUAUUCACUGGUGCUUGCCUGGCGUUCCCGAUGUCUGGAAUGAACUUCUUCUUCAAUCUUUGUAGACAUUGCAUAUAUUUCUCAGACCCACUAGGGGUCCUGGAAAAAAAAACAUAGUUGACGUCAAAAUAUUCUCAGGUAUAGGUUUCACAACUUUUCAUUUUGUUCUUUGCUUCUUAUUAGAUAAAAACUAACUCAAAUUUACAACGUACGUGCUAAAAGUAUUCAUUAGGGCAGUAAGUAAGCAUAAAGGAGCUCAUUCCAAGUAUCAGGGACUCCAGGAAGGCACCAGUGCAUACAGUCAGAAUAACUAGCAGGGUUUGCUAUUUGUUCUGGAGUUAAUGUAUCCCAUAUUCUUUUAUACAUAGAAGGAUGGGCUUCUUUUCUGUAUUCUGAUAGUUGUGUAAUAUUCAUUAUUUUCACAUCAACACCUUUAACUUUUAAUUUAUUGACUGCACUCUCCA